CAGGAUUCGCGCAGCUGAGACCCGGAGGUCCUCAGGGGGCGAAGCCCCGGCCUAGGCCUCGCGGAAAUGCCCAGCUGCGGUGCUUGUACUUGCGGCGCAGCUGCCGCCCGGCUCAUCACGUCCUCACUCGCCUCCGCGCAGAGAGGUAUUUCUGGUGGUCGCGUUCAUAUAUCAGUUUUAGGAAGGCUUGGGACAUUUGAAACUCAGAUUCUGCGAAGAGCUCCUCUUAGAUCCUUUACAGAAACGCCAGCAUACUUUGCUUCAAAAGAUGGGAUAAGUAAAGAUGGUUCUGGAGAUGGAAAUAAGAAAUCAGCAAGUGAGGGAAGUAGUAAGAAAUCAGGCUCUGGGAAUUCUGGGAAAGGUGGAAAUCAGCUGCGCUGUCCUAAAUGUGGCGACUUGUGCACACAUGUAGAGACCUUUGUGUCAUCCACCCGUUUUGUCAAGUGUGAAAAAUGUCAUCAUUUUUUUGUUGUGCUAUCUGAAGCAGACUCUAAGAAAAGCAUAAUUAAAGAACCUGAAUCAGCAGCAGAAGCUGUAAAAUUGGCAUUCCAACAGAAACCACCACCUCCCCCUAAGAAGAUUUAUAACUACCUCGACAAGUAUGUUGUUGGCCAGUCAUUUGCUAAGAAGGUGCUUUCAGUUGCUGUGUACAAUCAUUAUAAGAGAAUAUAUAAUAAUAUCCCAGCUAAUCUGAGACAGCAAGCAGAGGUUGAGAAGCAGACAUCAUUAACACCAAGAGAGUUAGAAAUAAGAAGACGGGAGGAUGAGUACAGAUUUACAAAAUUGCUUCAGAUUGCUGGAAUUAGCCCACAUGGUAAUGCUUUAGGAGCAUCAAUGCAGCAACAGGUAAAUCAACAAAUACCUCAGGAAAAACGAGGAGGUGAAGUAUUGGAUUCUUCUCAUGAUGACAUAAAACUUGAAAAAAGUAAUAUUUUGCUGCUUGGACCAACUGGGUCAGGUAAAACUCUGCUGGCACAAACCCUAGCUAAAUGCCUUGAUGUCCCUUUUGCUAUCUGUGACUGUACAACUUUGACUCAGGCUGGAUAUGUAGGCGAGGAUAUUGAAUCUGUGAUUGCCAAACUACUCCAAGAUGCCAAUUACAAUGUGGAGAAAGCACAACAAGGAAUUGUCUUUCUGGAUGAAGUAGAUAAGAUUGGCAGUGUGCCAGGCAUUCAUCAGUUACGGGAUGUAGGUGGAGAAGGCGUUCAGCAAGGCUUAUUAAAACUACUAGAAGGCACAAUAGUCAAUGUUCCAGAAAAGAAUUCCCGAAAGCUCCGUGGAGAAACAGUACAAGUUGAUACAACAAACAUCCUGUUUGUUGCAUCUGGUGCUUUCAAUGGUUUAGACAGAAUUAUCAGCAGGAGGAAAAAUGAAAAGUAUCUUGGAUUUGGAACACCAUCUAAUCUAGGAAAAGGCAGAAGGGCUGCAGCUGCUGCAGACCUUGCUAAUCGAAGUGGGGAAUCAAAUACUCACCAAGACAUUGAAGAAAAAGAUCGGUUAUUGCGUCAUGUGGAAGCCAGAGAUCUGAUUGAGUUUGGCAUGAUUCCUGAGUUUGUGGGACGGUUGCCUGUGGUGGUUCCAUUGCAUAGCCUAGAUGAGAAAACACUUGUACAAAUACUAACUGAGCCAAGAAAUGCUGUUAUUCCUCAGUACCAGGCCUUAUUCAGCAUGGAUAAGUGUGAACUGAAUGUUACUGAGGAUGCUUUGAAAGCUAUAGCCAGAUUGGCACUAGAACGAAAAACAGGUGCACGAGGCCUUCGGUCCAUAAUGGAAAAGCUGUUACUAGAACCAAUGUUUGAAGUCCCUAAUUCUGAUAUCGUAUGUGUGGAGGUUGACAAAGAAGUAGUAGAAGGAAAAAAGGAACCAGGAUACAUCCGGGCUCCAACAAAAGAAUCUUCUGAAGAGGAGUAUGACUCUGGAGUCGAAGAAGAAGGAUGGCCCCGCCAAGCAGAUGCUGCAAACAGCUAAACUGUCAUAUUGCUGUCCUGUAUAUACAGCUUUUCCUUCUUUUGUUUAGGAUCAUAACUGUCUCUACAGUCUGAUAUUAAAGGCAUUGGAUCUAUCUUGGAUAUCAUACAUGGUCAGAGAAGCCUUUAGGAUAAGAAUCAGAUCAUGUAUAUUAUUGUAACAUCACAUUGAUUUUACAGAGGACGUUAUGUGGACUUUAAUGACACAGUGUUU